GACCCCACUCCUUAUUUCACUCAAACACUUUGAAUUUUCGUUCCACACAACCCUCAUUUUUUAUCUCCCCACAGAGAGCGAGGAAUAAACUGAACGAGACAGUUUCGCCGCAAAUUGCAACCCUACAUUUGUUAUACACCGAAGCAGUUUUCGACGCAACCUAACUCUCCUUUUUCCUGCUUUAACGAACACUACACAACUCUUAAGGACACACUCUUUUCAGUUUAUCUUUGGCUGUUUUGCUUUCUAUCUUCUCGUACGACGCAGUUCUUUACCCCAAUUGUGUGUAUUACUACAAAACAAAAGUACUACUACUAGGUUUAUCGGUUUUUUUUUUCUUCUUCUACGUUCCAACUCAACACGGAGCCAUGAUGGGCUAUGAGGGCCGCUCACUCCUCUUGAGCGACGGAGAGGAGUGGGUUAACAUUCCUUUCGUAGUGCGAGAAUUUAUGCGACAGCUUAACGACGAGGUUCAAGCCUCGCGCACUGUGGUGGAAUCUAUGCGUCAAGAGCAAAAGGAGGUAAACUUGCUUCUUCGACGAGUUAUCCAGAAGCAGGCCGAUCUCGAGAUGGACAACACUCGUAACACACUUUCUCUCAAUCGUGCAACACACACAACGCAAGACGAAAGACACAAACGCCACUCGGAGCAGAUCCAUUAUCUUCGCAAAAAACAGGAAAAGCUCGAUGAAAAGGUCCAGCAACUCACCGCAAGCGCCAGUACAGCUUCUCAAAUGGAAGCUGCCCUUACAAUCGGUCCUGGCAAUGCUGAACUCGCUGACAAAGUUAGCGUCUUGUCAGGCAAGGUGGAGAACUGUGACAAAGAGCUUCGGGAGCGUAUGAGGUCAUCCCGAGAUGCUCAACGCUCCGCGGAAAACCUGCUGUCGUCAAGUAUCGCUGCGGCUGCUUCUGAGAUGGAAAAGACUCUCAACGAACGUCUUAGCGACUUUGACGUGCGUAUGGUAGCCGCAGAAAAAGUCGCAGAGGUUCACCAAGAAAUACUUGAAGCUCAAAAACAGGAAAGCAAAGAGCUUCGAAGUCUGUGCGGCGAUCUCGCAGAUAUGGUGGAAAAAGAUCGACAAGUGAACAAAGAGCGACUUGCUGCUUGCUUCCAAAUGGUCGAAAAAGGCGAAACGCUCUGCACCGCGCAGCGAGUUGGAGUAGAGGCCGAUAUGAAUCGACUUGAAAGUGCAAUGAAGGCAAACGUGGAGAGGAUGCGCGGCGACGCGAAGUCUUCGUAUAUGGAGAUGCGAGACCUUGUCAAAGGAGAACAACACGUGGUUAUCCUACGUUGCAAUGAACUAGCGGAAGAGCUGCUGAGAGUAAAAGAGCAACAAAAGCUCCUGCAAGAUCAGCUGAUGAGCAACGAAACGGACUCCGCUACAGUGCGCGCUUUGAAACUUACAAAAGAACUGUCGGGGCGUAUCACUGACCUGGAGGCCCAAGCGGAGCAGCACGCAUCCGAUUAUGUACCGCGACGGGAGUUUCAAAAAAUCCAGCGAGAGACUCAGAAUGCACUAGACGCAUUGAUAGCUUCCUACGAGGAGACGAAGGCUGCUCUCCACAGCCAGAUCCAACAGCUGGGGAAGAGUGUGAGAACAGUACAAGCGGAGCACGGCGAGGAUAAUGACUGGCUACACAACGAGCUCGGGCGGCUGGGAACGGUGGUGAGCUACGGCACCCAACAGCGUGAAAAGCAAGAGAGGCAGGUAACUUCUUUGUGCGACAUUGUGCACAACCUUUCGGUAGCUGUCGGAGUCUGCCAGACUGACCUAGCAAAAAGCAUUUUAAGCACCUCAGAGGCGAAAGCAUCAGCCGCACCAGCAACCUCUGCUUCCCAUGCAACUGCUGCCGUCACCACCACGACGACGGAGACUACCAACGGUGAGGUACGUCUCCCCCCAUCGUGGGAAGCUUGGCGAUUGCACAUAACGAAUGAAGUAGAAACAAAGUUCUCUACAACUUCAACACUGCAGCAGCGAUGCGAGCGCUUGUCUCAUCAGCUCAACGAGUUGACGGCUAAGGUUGAUGGCGGCGCCAGAUAUGCCCAGUCGAUUGCGUCCCAGCACUUGGACCAGGUGCGACAAAGCGUCAGAGAUGAAGUGAGUCAGCAGCUCCAGGCGCACGGUGCGCUGCGCGAGAUCACUCCCGCCUUGGCAGAGAUCGAAGCGGUAAAGCGUCGGGUGGCCGGUCUUGAGCUGGAGGUGCAGUCUGCAGCCGCGCGCACGGAGCGGUGGCGCACAGAGGACGCAGGCGGUCUCUCCGAUGGUGGUCCUGGCGGUGUUUCUUCUGACCUGCUACGCCGUCUCGUUUUUGCGGAAAGCAGCGUCGAUGACUUCAAACACCGCCUGCUUGAGUUAAAGGAACAUGUGAUGGAGUUCGAGCAGCAUCGCAACAGUGUUACGCGUACUAUGCACCAGCUCGAGACACGCUUGUACGAUCAGGAACGUGUUGUGACAAAGUUAGGAACCGAUCUGACAACCGCGCUCGAGAGCCUUCUGCGCACUGAGGAGUCCUUGUCGCAGCAUAAAGGCACACUUGCGGCCCAGAUGACGGAGGUGCGCACACUGCCGGACAGAUGGCGGGAGGAAAUGACAGCUUUCGCACAGGCAAACGCAAACGCCGCUACGCCGAAUACCGCAUUCAACGCCGUGACAAACAAGGCAGAUCACUUGCAAGCAGAGGUGAACAAGUUGUUCUCGCUUGUGGAGCAGACGUCCGCCGAGAUGAACCACAAUCUCGCACAGCAGAUGGGAUCCGUUCGGGCAGAGCUCGACACACUGCACCACGACUGCACAGCCGAGAUUAGCAGGUGCUGCGAUGGGACGGCUCGAUGCACGAAAGCGGCAACGGAAGCAGCUGCGCGAGAAAGAAAAGAGUCCGAGAUUGUCUACAAUGAGCUGCGACGGCGUUUCUCAGACCAGGACAACGAGGUGCGCGCUCUCUCAGAACGCCUCAGCGCGGUGGAGACCGGCGCGGCUGCUCACGGGUCGACUCCCCACGAUGCACCCGUCGCGACACCGGAAUCAGCAACAGCAACAACAGCAGCAACAACGCUGUCACCGCCUCAGGAAUCCGAAGUGGCGCUUGAACGGUGCACGGAGGAACUGCGCGCCUGCCAUCGUCGAUUGGAUGCGCAACAGCAGCGCAUUGGCACGCUUGCCGAUGAAGUGCUGAAUGCGGUGACUGAGCAAGACGAGGCAGCUCGACGGGGGUGGCAGGUGAAGGUAGACACCCUGCGUGACGAGGUGAUGGCGUGGGUAACAGCCUAUGUCGCAGCUCAAAUCAAGAAGUAUCGCGGGGAGAUGCGAGCGUUAGCGGAGGAUGCCGCUCGCACAGCUUCGUCAAAUUUGGGACAAGUCUCGAUGCCCGCAGAGAAGCCAACAAGAGGUGAUGACGAAAUCAGUACCGCCGAAUUGCGAAAACACAUUGACAGCGUCCAGCGCAACUUGGAGCAUCGGCUGGACGGAACGCUUUCGGCGCAGCGACGUGAGCUGGACGACGUGGCGCGCCGAGUUGAAAGCGUGCACAUGGCACACGCGGAGCUGCGUCGCGAGGUCCGAGACGACUUAGCGACACAACAGGAAGAUCACGCGGCCAUCGUGAGGGAGCUUCGAGAUGCACUGGACGACGUGAAAGAGAGCAACGCAGCCGCCAGCUCCACCGUGCCUCCUCUUCCUUCCUCGGCUCCCUCACCGCUCGCUGGAGGACGGAAUUCACCGUCUGCGCAGCUCAACGAGACAGCAGAAAGGGAAACGGCCAGAAAAUGGAAGGACGAUGUGCUGCAGCGUGUCCAUGCGGAGUUUUACAGCAAGUCGUUGCUUGAGGAGCGAUUGGAAAACAUUUGGUCCUCCAUGGUCAGCCUUCUCGCGCGGAAGGAGGACAUGGCCGCCGUGAACGAGAAGCUGAGCGGGCUGCAUCGACUCAUGCAGGAGGAACUGCAGAUUGAGAUGGAGAAACUCGAAGAGCAGCUUGCAGGCCAGCUUGCCGAGAAGGUGAAUUUAACGAGCCUGCAAGAUAUUCUGGAGGACCACUUCAUGGAUCCCCAAUCCGCUGCGUCGUAG